CAAGCGGCCGGAUGAGCCCGCCAUGAUUCCUUCAAGGGAAUAUUGGUGGUCGAGUAGGACGAUCUCUGAUGAGACAAAGAGAACGAAGGAGCAGUACUCACAUUUGACGUGUGGUGAGGUGAUGUCAGAGAUCGUCAGAAGAACAUCUUUCGAGGUGCAUAGGGAGAGGGUUAUCGACUGUCAGCCCACACCCGGCAUGUUUGAUGGCUAGGACAAGGCUAAACCGAACCAACCAGCACUGCAAUGAUUGCACGAGGUGGACGAAGUAUUGAGGCCCAACGUCCAGCGAAAUGAUCGAGGACUCGCGGUCAAGAUUCCAGGUUCGGCUAAGUUGCCAAUAUAGUCCCAGAAUGAGAAGGAGCAACCAUUAUUACUUUUUCUCAGAAGGUGCCAGACAAUCCUUCUCUUCUCAUCUUCCACUUCCAAUCGACUAGUCACUUACUCCUGCACCGACAGCUACUCUCAUGUCACGAUGGACAGUCUCUCCGAGGAGACUUGGGACGUGGUGAUCGCCGGGACUAGCAUUCCACAAGCCCUCCUCGCAUUGUGAGUGGUUCAUAGUUGUUGGCCCCGGCCUCCAACUGACUGACCAAGCCAUCUCUCUUAGAGCUCUCUCACGAUCCGGGAAGAAGAUUCUUCAUGUUGAUCGUCAUGAAUAUUACGGUGGUGAGGAUGCUGGCUUGAGUCUCCAAGAAGCUGUGGAUUGGGCACACCAUCCCAUUCAAGGUCUUUGACCAUAUUUUUGAUGUUCAUGGACUCACUCGGCUGACAAUCCACAGCAGCCAGCCAUGUCUUCUCCGAGGCUUCGGUCUCUGUUGACGAUGGGCAAGCCGCUCCUCAUUCUACCGGCCGGCUCGCAUCAUCGAGAUCAUACACGUUGAGCCUGAAUCCGCAGAUCAUCUACGCGCAGUCUUCCUUCUUGCCUACCCUCGUGUCAUCACGAAUUCACUCUCAACUCGAGUUCCUUGCUGUAGGAUCCUGGUGGAUUCAUAGUGACAAGAAAUUGCACAGGAUUCCCAGCACUCGCGAAGAUGUGUUCAACGAUGAGACUCUUUCCAUGAAGGAUAAACGUGGUUUGAUGAAAUUCCUACGUUUUGCAUUGCAGCAAGAGGAGGACACUUCAUUUGAGGCAGUAGAUCCAGCCCUGUCCUUUACAAAUGUCCUUUCAAACACGUUCAAAAUCCGCGACAAUCUUCAGGCACCGCUACUGGCCUUGGCUCUUUCACCUACACCCGCAGCCUCCAUGCCCUUUUCCAUGGCGCUGAGCAGAAUCCGACGACACAUGCGCUCCAUGGGUUACUUUGGUCCUGGUUUCGGUGCAGUUGUUGCAAAAUAUGGUGGCAACUCGGAGAUGGCACAAGUUGCCUGUAGAGCCGGGGCUGUUGGCGGGGCCGUCUAUUUGUUGGGUCAUCAUCUGACAGAGGUCCAGCUUCCAACUUCGACGGUCAGUGGCGAGAGUACAGACGACUCUAGCCUUUUUCAUUGCACUCUUUCCGACGGGACACCGAUAAGGUCCAAAGUCGUUGUUGGUAGCUUGGACGAUCUACCUCCAGACAUGCCGCGUGCGUCGUCAGCUACGACUCAGGUGAAUGUUUGGAGGACCAUCAGCAUUGUUGCCGAUCCGCUGCGCAGCCUCUUUCCUCAGACUGCCGACAAUGGGCCCGUACCAGCGGUUGCGAUCGUAUUGGUGGACACUCCCACUUCGGAAGGUCCAGCCACAGGCCCAAUAUACCUGCAGGUUCAUUCUGAGGAUACUGGGGAGUGUCCAAGUGGUCAAUCUAUCAUUUACGCGUCUCUGAUGUCAGAGUCAGCCUCAGCUCAGGAACGUCUGAAAGCAGCAGUGGACGACUUCGUCGAGGGUUGUGGUGCUGUUCAGUCUGUCCUCUGGACCUUGUCAUACCGCGUUUCCACUUCCGAUCAACAGGGGACGCUUGGCGUCGACGACUUAGCCUCAAAGCUCUUUUGUUUUAGGCGCCGAGCUCAUGAUUUGUCCUUCUCCGAUGAUAUCAUCGCCUCGGUCAAAGAGGUGUGGACACAUAUUCUAGGCUCAGAGGCUGUAGACGAGCACUUUCUGCGCUUUGAAGAACGUGAGACUGAGGUCGAAGAUUGAGGACCUGGCCUCGAGACGAGGUUGAUAAAACCAAAUGACCAAGACAACUUGAUCGAUGCUCACCCUGGACCCAACUCCGCUGUAAGUUAGGGUCUGCAUUUGCCCACCGGGUUGUUCACCCCUAGCGAGGUCAAAGAUCUGCGACGUUGUGGUAUUGGUCCUUAGGUGACCCAACACGUUCUGCUAACUCUGAGACGCCCCGAUGGUGAGUGAUUGGAUGUAUCCCAUCCCACUGUCUUUCUGCUAGAUAAGCAGUUACGGCGAAUCUACGACGUUUCACAUCACCAAAUACCUGGCCGGUCGGCCUUGGCUACCAUGUGGGCUUUGGCCAUCAGCUUCUCUUUGAGCAAAGUGCUAUGAGCAAGGUCGAUUCAGUGUGCCACGUUUUACUGAGUACUCAGAACAGUGCUCUGAUGUUUUCAAGCCCGCUGCUUCUGCCAAGAGCUGAUUUGCCCCAAAGUUGGAAAAGAGUUCCACUUGACACAAUCCACAACCAAUGUUCUUGCAUUGAACAACAGAAUUGGACCAUCUCAUCAAGUCCUGGUACUCCAUCUGUGGGCACCGCAAACGGUACAUCUUCUUUUAGCGUUUCGUCUUCAUGCAAGCACUAUCAGUUAGGAUUGGGAAGAACCACUUAUGCAGUCACUGAUGUGUUCCACAGCUAACCUGGCCGAUUGUGCUCAAAAUCUACUUUGUUGCAAAGUUUGACGGCUUCAAGACAACCUUGUGUCUCUGAAUGGUGCCACAGACCUUUACUUCCGUUUGAACACUUUCAAGACCCUAUGAAUUGAAGAAAUGGUAUCAAGGUGACUUCAGGUCGCUUUAAACCCUGACCCGAGUUCUCGUCGCAUACGCUUGAAUGGUGUAAAAGCGUCCAAGUCUCUGAUGGGUCGGAUUCGCUUUCUUGUUAUCCAGUCUAUGAAAUCCAUGUGGGUCUGUGUCUAUCAAAUAUCUGCAUUAUUACAAGACUGUCAAAAAUCGAAUAUCUGUCUCUCUUGUGGCUCCAUUGUCCCGGCGCCCAUCCACAACGGGUCCAUGUUACACAUGCAUCGAUUCUUCACUCAUCCACCUAUCUGAUCUAGUGUAAGACUUCUCUGCAUGGCUGUACAUUUUUCCGCCAUGACCGGCUCCGGAGCCAACUUGGGCCCUCACCUUCGCACUGGAUACUCUCCACCAUACUAUGCCUUCCUUUUCCAGUAUCAGCCGUCACACGUUGCAUCUGAUCGAGGACGAAUACGAUCUGACACACGCUCAAUACUGCUCUGUGUGUGC